AUGGUGACGAUGUAUCUGAAGGCGCCGACGCAGUGGGUAGCGGUGGCGUGUCGGAUCUAUGGUGGCGGCGGUGGAUCUGAAGCGGCAAUGGAGUGCGUAGCGGAGGCGGCUUCGAGGGUGACGUUGGCCCAGCAGCGGCACUCGGAGUUCGAGAAUGGUGUUGGUGGUGCGUUCUUCAACUGGAUGCAAAAGAAAUUCAAUGCAGGAGGGCAAAAUGGUCAUGAUCAUCAAAUUACUACUAAGAAGAAAUUAAUAGAACCUUCCAAACAAGAGUUCAACGGAUUAAUGCUUUCUAUCGGAACGUUCGGCAAUAAACACGACGUCGUCGAUCAACCUUCUUCGUCUCCUGAUAAUUUUUCGGAAUUCACAGCCGAAGAAAUAGUGAAGUUGGAGAAAGAGUUGACCAAACUUUUGACUCGAAAAUCGGAUAAAAAUGAUCAUCUGCCGUUGGAUAGAUUCCUCAACUCCCCUUCAAGCUUAUUAGCCACUUCGGAUACAUCAUUCAGCACUUCUUUCUCGGACGAUAAAGAAGACGAAGAAGAAGAUGAUGACGAAAUCGAUCGAACGGUUAGGAUUAUCCUAAAAAGAUGCAAGGAGUUAUCUCGGAACAAGAAAUCAAUAAUCGGGAAGAAGUCGUCGCUUUCUUUCCUCGUCAAGAAAAUGUUUGUCUGCACAGGCGGCUUCGCAGCAGCGGCUCCUCGUUUUCGAGAUGCAUUUCAAGAAUCAAGAAUGGAGAAGCUUUUGAGGACAAUGCUGACUAGGACGAUAUUCCCUCGAAAUUCUUCUGGAGCCUCGUCGACGAAGAAAUUCAUAGAGGAACGCAGGCGUAACGAAGAUGAAUCGCACGAUCAAAUUGGAGAUGGAUCGUCUAAAUGGAUUAAAACCGAUUCCGAAUUUAUUGUUCUAGAGAUCUAG